UUGCACCUUCGCGAUCUUGACAGUGGGGCACAGUACACUGUACUUCAAGAAUAAUACAUGUAAUUGAUUGUUGCCACGUGUUACCGUGAUGGUCAGCACUUUUGUCAAGACUCAGUAUCUACGUGUACGCGAAGCACCACCUCAGGCUCUGGCUAUUAUUUGACUGAGGUCUUGGGAUCUUACUUUCAACGUUUAGAUUACGAAACCUGCUCUAUGUGUUCAAAAUAGCGCUGAAUCGGGACCUUGCUGAUAAGAAUUUAACGAGUUUUGGACGGAAAUUCGGUCCGAGGACCCACUGUGUGCAGUGUCUCUUUAUCAAGAUACGAACAAGCAAAGCAACUCCAAGCAGUGUCGGUGACAAAUAACAGCUGUGCUAGCUCUACGUGGAAUUCACCUUGCUGAAUGACACAGAAGAGAAAAACGAAACAAUUAAACAAAAGAGAAGGGAUCCCUGAAGCAGACCUUGCAAGGAGUUUUGUGAAAACUCCAUGAAAAGGGCUCUUUCCGACUGAUUAAUUAAUUAGUUAGGCUACCCACCGAGUACUUGAGCAGCUAUGGCGGCAGAAGUGAGCCAGUUCGCCAAGUGGGUGAUGGAGGUGGACAUGUUUCCGGUGUUUUUCGGCGCACAUUUCCUCCUUGCAAGCACGAUAGUACGUGAGGACUCAAAGGAUUUGGGUCCCCGUUUCCGACAGGAGCACCCGUUUGCCAUGUGGUUCUGCACCAUCAUGGCGGGUCUGUCGGGUGUUUUUGUGGCCAACUUCCUGUUUGGAGACCCCCUGGUGGACGUCAUGAAGGAAAAUGCUCUCAUCAUCUACCUCACCCUGGUCUGGUAUCUGAUGAACUACUCGCCUUAUGAUGCUGUGUACAAGAUUGCACUGUCGCCUCCGGUCUUCCUCUCUGCCUCUGUCCUACAAGAGUGCCUGCGGGUCAGGUUCAUCUUCUUGGGGCUGAAGCAGGCUGCUCGCGUCUACCCAGGGGCUUACAUCAUCAUUCUGCUUGGAGGGGUUAUCAAAGGUAAUGGAUAUGGGUUUAUCCGUGUUGUGGAAAGGCUUAUACGAGGAAAGUGGAAUCCAGGAAACAAUGAUAUCCUCGAAGUCACAUAUUUCGCCAAGUCUGGUUUGUACGCAAGCUUCCUGUUCCUCCUUCACCACUUCAAGUUCCUCAACGUGCCCAUCGAGUUCCUGUACCUUGGUGUCGUCGCUGUGUUUAUCAUCUGUCGUAUGCUGACAGCUGUUGCAGGGAUCAAAGACCCCUUCCUGCCCAUUGAGCUGCCGAUAUGUAGAGUUCUGUUCGGCAGCACUGGCAAGGAGAAAGUGGCUGCAAAGGAUCCAGUGAAGGACAAACUUGACAAGAAGAAGAAUUAAGUAGGCUUUAAUAGAUAUCUUUUUUGCAUUGAAUUUUCAAAAGAUUUUUAAUUGAAUGUCUGAUCCAUGCUAAGAUACUUUUAUGAGAGUGCUUUGUGGUUUGUCAGAUAUCGUGACAUUAAUUUUUAUAUCGACAUUGUUUACAUCUGAGCUUGCCUCUAGGUUUGAGUCAUUGGUUGCAAAAUUUUUAACUUCAAAAGUUCUGACCAUAAAUGAGUCAGGAACAACUUUCCUUGGGCUGUUUGUAAAGUUUGUGAAAAGAACUUUUCUUUUAUAUAUAUUGAAUUCGCAUUCAUUUUUGUCUGCCUCUUCUUCAACAGUCGAUAUCAUUGACGUUUUUUUCUACUUUAGAUGUUUACUAGGGACCAAAUGAAAACCUGACACAUACAUGAUAUAUCUGUUCCAUGGAGUUUAUGUGAAUUUUGUUGUCAGUUGUUGGUGAUUGAAUGUUUUGUUACUGGGCAAAUAAUUAUUGUUAACAGAUCACAAGAGUUGACUGAGUGAAAAAUCUGAUGUGUAUGAAGCAAUGAUCAUGCUGGUCUUGGGAAGUACUUUAUUGUAAGCAGGGUGUAUACAAGUAUUUAUUUCUUGUUCAGUUAGCUACUCUGUGGUGUAACAAAAUCAGUUGUGCAUGUUUUAGGGACCAGCAUUAUAUCAAUUAUACCUCCUUGUAACAGGCAGUCUGAGAUGAAUAUAUAUACAUAUGUAAGUUUGAUCAUGUCAACACAACUUAUGGAAAUAUUAUACUAUAAAAUGUAUAAUUCAGCAUUGACCUACGAUAGUGAUUAUUAGUACAUAGAGCAGCCAAUGACUUUGACCCCACUAUCUAACUUUUAUGAAAGUAAGUUUUAUAAUAUCUUUUCCAGUUGCCACCGUUGUUUUUUAUUUACAUGUGUUGAUUCAUUGAACUGAGAGCUUAAGUGAAUGGUUUUUGUUGAUUUUAUUGUGGUAAUGUUAUACAUCUGUUGUGUGUAUGAGUAAGUGCACAUCGUCCCUGUCACGAGCAAUCCACGUUAGUCCAAAUUUGGAAAGUUUUCGAUUUUUAUAGCCUACCUUCCCAAAGGUCUAUCAAAGAUGCACCUUUCAACGUCACCAAAAUGCAGUCUAGUGCUAUGGUCAUGACCAACAAUUUUCUUGCUUUUCAUGAUUCCUGAUCGAACAACACAACGAAAACUCCUUUUGUCUCUGGUGUAAAAGGUACCCGAAUGGACUUACGUGGAUUUCUUGGGACAUGGAUCAUGACGUGCAAUUUGUAACACCACUGCCUUUGUAAUUGACCAAGACGAAAUUCUCCCUGUGAGAUGAAUAAAGAUUGUCAUUGUUAUGAUGUUAAGUUCAACGAAAUAUUGCAAGAUCUCGACUCAGAUUUAAUUUUUUGGUUUUUCUUUUUAAAUGUCCUACAAUCAGAAAUUGUUUUUGGUCAAUUUAAUUUUAAUGGGUAUCUUUUACGUUCCCCACAGUUUUGGAUGCAGAAAGUGGUUUUACAUAUAUAACGUAUUACUGUAUAUUACUGAAUUGCUCAAUGUUUAAUGGAGACAGUUUGCGGUUGUGUUGUGUUAUUUAUGCUAAGAGUAAGUCACUGUGUCAAAUCGUGUCUUUUUUUGGCAUGGUGUAUAAAGUCAUAAAUUGUUUUAAGUGAAGGCUGAAAUUGCCUGUUGUGAAAAGCUCACUAGUGUCCAUUGCUUUGUGAUCUGGCAUGGUUAGCAAAAUGCAGUAAGUAAAAACUUCAAACCUUUAAAACUUUCAAAAACAUUUAUGGUGCUAUGUCUUAGUAGGUUAGUUAUCUGGAAAUUUUUAAUUUUAGUGUGUCCUGCAAAGUAAAUCUGUCUAAAGUGUAGCCACUGUAUAAUGAUAAGAUUUCACUUUUGAAACAUUUUUGGGCACAGACUUCAUUUCUGUCUUUUGGGGCAGGUUGGAAAGGGUGGGACUGUGGUGUCUGCAGGCUGCUCGACCUAGUUAAAGUGACACUUUUUUUACAUCAAACAGAUGUAUUUUGUUAACUAGCAGCCUUCUUUCCCCUUGGGUGGUACUAUAGAUCUAUUUCCCUUGUUAUUUUUUCAUAUAUAUAUUUACACAUUAUUUACUGCUGCCUGUAUCCGUGUGUCAACGUACUGUGAUAUUUUGAUACAGAAAUCACAACUCUGCAGAGGUUUAAGUUUCACCACUUUACUGCUUGGUAGUCUCCCAAACUGGUUCAUUGUCAUUUUAUCAACUGACAUAAAGAGAACAUGUUAGGAGAUGUACAUGCAAUUUAUGCAAUUUUUGCCUAUUUUACUAAGGGGAAAGGUAUUAAAAGGGCGAAAAAUCUCGGAGGGCCCGUGUGCAAGUUGCGCAUGUUAAAGAUCCCUUGGUGUUCUAAAGCCCGGGCAAAAUUCAAAAUUUCCUACCAACUGAAAACAUUAGGAGUGUCCCGCGCGCUCAUAUGAGCUAUGCAGUUGCGAGCGCCGUAAAACACUUUACAAAAACAUUACAAAAAAGGUAUUACGACUUUCUUUACAUCUCUGGAGGGAACAUUUUAUCUUGUUUGUACACACAUAGAUGGAAACACCUCAGCACUGAAAGGGUUAAGACACUCACAAUGCCUCUAUGUUUACCAUAUUGAAGAGAGUAGAGAGGUUCCAGUUAUAAGAAUGUGAAUUUGGUGACUUUCUCAUCAUGGGAAGAAUCACUGCUCUUCUCCAAUAUUAUGUACCCUUAUCCAAUUUUCCUUGUUUGGCUGCAUGAUCUGUUCAAAAUGAUCCCCCGAGGUAUGACUUGUAGUAGUUGGAGACAUAGUGUUUUGGACAGCACUGCCAUAAGGAUGGUACUUUACUUUUUCAAAUGUUGAUUGUAGACUUACAGCAGAAAUAGGUUAUGCUCCAUACUUGAAGUUGAAGUAUUACUUUUUGCUGCUUGUUUGAUCGUUUUAAAGUUUUGUUCUUUUAAAAAAAUGUUAUGUCUACUACUUCUAUAGAUUUUUAUUUGCAAACCAGACAGUUCUGAAUGCACUUUUUUUGCUUUCCUCCGAUGCAUCUUUUUGCUUUCUUAACACUUUGCCAUCACAAGGCUCAGAUAGUAAAAACCCUUGCCAUCAAAGGCAAAGGCAUUUUGGGGAAAAUCCAUAGAAACUGGUGGUAAACAUCGCAGGUUAGCGAGAUGUGACGGCAAAGUGUUAACAUACUCAUGGGUCCCAUCCAUGAAGAAUACAGUAUGUCACUAUGUGUAGGACUUAACCAACCAUUAAUAAGGAUUCUUUUUGCCUCAUAAUAAAGACUUACAAAAAGAGUUACCCUACAUGGAAAA